AUGGUGGCUCCUGGGGGAAAGGCGGAGACCUACCCACCGGCGCCGUCAGUGGGCCUCCCGGUGAAUCCGUUGCCGCUGCAUGUGGAGACCCAAGCGGCGGCGCCGGCUGAGUGGUCCACCGGACUUUGUGAAUGCUUCGACGACGUUGGAAACUGUAGGCGCCUUCCCUUCUUAUCCCUCUAACGCGGGUAACAUGAUAGAAGGAGAAAGAGGGAAGGAGACGAGAAGUAGGGAGGACGAUCUUAUCAUUACCCCUUUCUCAAAGCUGUUCUUAUUUCAGGCUGUAUCACUUGCUGGUGCCCCUGCAUUACCUUCGGCCAGGUCGCCGAGAUCGUUGAUCGGGGCUCCAGUUGUGAUGUUCCAUAUUCCAAACCUUGAUCGAGAAGUCCCAGCUACUCCUUUCUGAUCCCUUACCAAUUCCUCAGCCUGCGGAGCAAGCGGAGCGCUGUACACGCUGGUCGCUUUCGUGACAGGGUGCCCCUGCAUAUACUCGUGCUUCUACCGGAGCAGGCUGAGGAGCCACUACUCGCUGCCGGAGUCGCCGUGCCCGGACUUCAUCGUUCACUGUUGCUGCGAGGGGUGCGCCCUCUGUCAGGAGUACCGGGAGCUCAAGAAUCGUGGCUUCGACAUGAACAUUGGUCAGUAGUCCAUGACCUUCCCGUUCGUUCAGUCGCCUCCCCUCUUGUUGUCUGCAAUGUUUUAAUCGGCAUCGUCAUCAAGUCUCGACAAGUUCUUUGUUCACCCCGAUGUCAGUCGGUCGUAGAAACUCCAAUCCUUAUUGGAACCGGAAAUCCUUAUAGUAAUCAUCUGAAAUCGACAAUGUGUAGAAAGAAAGAAGUCCGCCAGGCAAAACCCUUUACGGGGUCAGGCCAGCUGACGCAUGAUCACGUCUUUCUUUCUCCCCCUCUCUCUCUCUCUCUCUCUCUCUCUCUCUCUCUCUCUCUCUCUAUCUCUCUCUCUCAGAUGCAUUUUACUAAGGACCCAUAUUUCUAGCUUUCUUUCAUACCUAGAGAAGGGCAUGACCUUGCCAACAAAGAGCCAGGGCCAAGGAACGCACGGCCUGUUAACCCCUAGAAUGACAUAUUGCAUCGUCAAUUAGGGAGUUGCAACGAUAAGCACUGUUUUUAUAAAACUGAUUUUAGACUAAAUAAAUUAGACCAAGCUAUCAAUUAUAUCCAUUUUAUUUGAUCUUGAAUCCUUGUGCAGGAUGGCACGCAAACGUAGAGAAGCAGACUCGAGGGGUGACUGCACCGCCCCUGGUUGGGACUGGCAUGGUUCGUUGA